AUGGCGUCCGUUCGCUCUCUGGGCGUCCACGAACCUUCAGCCGUCUCCUACCUAGUUUCAGAGGGUAUCCUACCUCCCGAGCCUUCAGAGGAUUAUUACACAUGGACAAUAUGCACCGACGAAAGCGGGUUGACCGGCCCUGUGGACGACGAGUUGGUAUGGACGAAGCAUUGUGUUGUAUGGUCCCGCGCAGGGAUGGUGAAAAGAGUCUUUCGGAUGGACCCUGAGAAAGAAGAGAUUCGACAUGCUCUGUUUACUCAAUUUGCGGCCGGGGAUAUCAAACAUUCGGGAAAGACACCUCUUGGCCGUCCCGAAGCAACUACUAGUACGCAAGGUACACGAAAGCAAACCCAACGCAAUGGGAAACCAUCGGCUCCAGAAGCUUUCUCAACUUUGGAUCUGCAUGGAGACGCACGAGUAGCGGUUGUGGCUCCGCAGCAAUCCAGCGAGACACUCUCAAGAGCUAUGGUAGUAGUCCUCAAAUCGCAAGCCCACAUAUUCUUUGUUGCAGGCAAUAGCCAUACAAUACCUCUUCCAUUUGAAGUUGAAUCUGUGUUUGCCACCCCCCGUGGUCUCCUUUUCCAAAGGAAAAUCCCGGACGAUGACGGGAGACGUCAAAUCCCAACCGCGCCGCCUAACUCGUUCAUGACCACCUCGCUAUUCGAUCCGAGUGCCUCACAAUCGUUUGGCAUACCGACACUCAAAAAGAGCAAGCGUACCUCGACGAGAUUAUCGACCAACCCAGUGUCAUCCUGGGUGCCAAAAGCGAGCUCAAGUGCCGAUCUUCCUCGUGUUUUCUCUCUCAUAAACCCUCACUCAGAGAUGGGCCUGGUUGUGACAUCACAGACCUCCAAGUGGCUCCAAAGCAGCGUCAGCAGUGCUAGAAAGAGACCAUCUGGACUAGAAGUUCUAGAUCCUGUGGAUGAGAUUGUAUACAUCUCUCCCAAGGACGAACUCCUGGGCACCAGCAGGGGCCCGCUGAAUGGUAUUCCUUUGAUUCUAGUUGUGACCAUAAACACCACCACCGGCAUAUAUACAAUAUGGACUGCACGCUACAAAGAUGAUGAAUCUGGAGGUCCAAUGAAACACAAGGCUAGACGAGAGACUGGAGGCACCCGAUCAGUGAGGCGAAGCUCUCAUUUCGCAACCGGUGCAACAACUCCCGCCACUCGCUCCGGAGCAACUAGAGAGAGCUUUGGACCUUGGACAGAAGACCGGCCUUCCACUCAACCAUCUCUAGCAAGAAUUGACGCCGAAGAUGAUCUGGCUGCAAGAGUAGCACAAGACUUUGGUGACGUCGGCGUUCCACUCAAGACGUCAAGACGAGUCAGCUCGUUGCUUGCUCGAACUGAUCUUGCUACCAGCCAAGAUCGCAUCACGUUUUCAGAUCUGGCCACAGGCAGCCAGUCUAGUACCAUGCCCCAUGGUGCUGGGCUGAGACAGUCUAUUGGAGGAGCCAGCACCCGAGGAAGUUUCGGUUUCAACCCUCGGGGCUCCCUGCCACCGGGCACAGGGUCUGUAUACAGCAAUGCAGGCAGCUUCCUUGAGGCCCCUGUUGAUAAAUUGCUCGAGGAACUAAACAGUGACAGUCUCUCAUCGGGAUUCGAGAGCAUUGCGCUGCGUGAAUCGACAUCUGGGCUUCCGGAAGAGUUGCUGUUGAACAAGGUUGAAAGUUUCUCGUCCCAAUUUACGGGCAGUUUUCAGCAGUCUACCCAAGAGCCAGCAUCCCGCCGAAUGAAAGUCUCUACCUUGGCUUCUACCGACUAUGGAGGUGGUCAAAGGGGCCACACUGCCUCGUUGGCAGUGUGUAUUGUGGACAAAGUGUCACGAAACAUGACCAUUGUCAAUUUGAGAGCAGAUCGAGAGCCACUUUCCAAGAGUCAGAAGAAGAAGGCUAAGACGACUGGACAAAGUCCAGUACUCGUACGUGCAGUAAGAAUCCAAAAUGUGUCAAAUGUCUUGGAUGCUUGCAGGAUCACCGACGGAGAGAUCUCUCGCAUACUCUCGUUGAGUGAAACCGAUAACAAGCACCGCGAGCUCUCAUUGCAAACCCUGUGGGGCAGUCCUGUCAAAGUGGAAGCUCCUGUACCACUGCUGCUUUAUGAGCCAGAUGGUAUUUCUGCCAAUAAACUCGAGAAGCGCCCAAGAGAAAGUGGAGUCAACCGGGUCAUGGCAGAUCCCGACCUCGUUUUCAACGGAUUUGAUCAUGUGUGCUCCCGAGGAAAGAUUGACUUGGUAGACACAGACCACCAGCGACAUCGACUCCAAAUCCGAAUGGAGCCCCGAAAUGAUCUGGUGAAAAAAAUACUCAAAGUUUGCAAGUUUGCCCUGCGUGAUUCCGAGAAAGCAGGCGAUGGCAUUAUGGUCGCUUGGUGGGAGGUUAUCAAGUGGCUUCGAGGUAGAGAGGACAUCGAAAAUGACCUCGAGUGGACCGCUAUGACCGUUGUCUUGUUGAGUCUGGCAGUUCCAUUUGUCAAUCCUCCACCAAUGCAAGCCCCUAAACGAACACGUCGCAAGAAGAGCCUCCUCAGAUCGAGCAGCGGAGGAAAUCUUGAUCUGGAAAGCUGGGAAGCCAUGUUGGAUUUGGAAUCUGGCCCGGCAGGCGUUGCAGCCCCAUGGAUGAUGGAAAGCUCCUGGGGAUGGAUCGUUGAACAAGAUGCAAUUGAGAAUCUCACAACAAAGGCAUCAAAGGUUGAGGGUCAACCCAAUGCGAGCCGGUCUACGUACCGCCAGAAUUUGUUUUUGAUCCGAUGCAUUGCCCUCAGUCGUGAGUUCCUCCAAAGUCCCCAGGGUAUUAGGGCUGCUGGCCGUGAUGGCUACUUCCCUAUCUCAGAAGUGUUUUCUGAGAACACAAGAUGCACUACCUUGUGUAGUGUCCUCGUGGCCUUGCAUCUACUUCGCGAGGAGCAGAAGCUCUCCACCUGCGACUCAGAAGAGGCUCGAAGACCUCUGGGAUUGCUGGCUCCUGUUCUCGCACAGCUAGGUGGCUGGCUGGGCUGGGAGUCCUGGAAAUGGACCGAUGACUCCUACUAUGGCACUGAAAUGACCAGCAUGGAGCGCUGGCAGUUUGAAGAUAAUACUCAUAUUUCCGGGCUGAAGGUUCCCGACGAACCUUUCCCGCCACCAUCCAUUUUUGAGUUUCUUAUGAGUGCUGCUUCUCAUCGAAACCCUGCGCCGUUUGUUUCUCUCCUUGACAUCGUGAAUGCAUCUGAGCAAACCCCCAGAAAGGGACGGAUGUGGCGGGAGUGUUUCAAUAUAACACCCAGGACUUGUGCAUUAAAUGGUUUCUUCGCUGAAAUUCACGGUGUUUCAACCCCCCUGGAAAAAAUCAAACUCUUGCAGCGUUGGGGAUUCACCAAGAGUGUCAUCGAUAGCUUCCCCGAGGGUGUCAGCGCGCCGUUGUAUGAAGCCGUACUACAAUGCCAAAUUGAGGCUUCCACAUCCUGGAACUCUGCACUCUUGGAGCUAAUCGACCGUGAGGAUCUUUAUAUGUCGAUGAACCCUGGUCAGAUAAACUCAUUGGCAGCACCACAACAAACUGCGCUUUCUCACGAUUCCAUACGUGAUUUCCACUAUAUCAGCAGUUCUGCAUUGGACAUUGAUGCCAUCAACGCAUUCGAAGCCUCUGCAGAAGCAGACAGAUUCUCAGUAACCAGGCUGAUCUUCCGGGAGGACAAGCGGUUCCUCGAGGCAGCCAAGCUACUCAACCAAUCGAAAGCCCCCGUAGCAGAGUGCAUUGCUGAGCCUGGUUGGAGAGAUCAGGAUCUGUUAGACGCACAGAAAGAAAUCGUGCAGCUUGUUACACUUCGAACUCUAUCUACCCCCGCGGGCCGUGCAAUGCUUACUUUCAGUGGCCGGUUGCCUUUGUUGACAGAGAAACUGCCCAUUCCAUCAUUUUCCCUGCAGUGCGUUAUGAAACCAGACAAUGUGACGGUCAGUGCGGACAGAACCUUGUUCUCGGAAGAAAAGGUUUGUUGGGCUUUCUUCCACAACGGAGUUUCCACCGGUCUUGCAAUCUCCAAGGCCUCCAAAGGCAUUGAUACCUCGUGGAUAUUGUUCAACAAACCACAGGACCUUACAAAUCGACAUGCUGGUUUCUUGCUAGCUUUGGGUUUGAAUGGUCAUCUCAAAUCGCUCGCCAAGUGGGUUGCUUUCAAGUACCUCACUCCCAAGCAUACAAUGACAUCCAUUGGUCUUCUUCUUGGGCUCUCUGCCUCGUACUUGGGCACAAUGGAUACACUCAUUACACGUUUGCUCUCGGUGCACGUUACAAGGAUGCUACCACUGGGGGCAGCCGAGCUAAACCUCUCGCCAUUAACCCAAACUGCUGGUAUUAUGGGCAUCGGUAUGCUAUAUUGUGGCUCCCAGCAUCGUCGCAUGAGCGAGGUCAUGCUUUCAGAAAUUGAAAAUAGCGAGCAUGACGAACAAGCUGCUACCCAAGAAGAUCUCCGUGAUGAAGGAUAUCGUCUGGCUGCAGGCUUUUCUCUUGGUUUCAUCAACCUUGGCAAAGGCGAUGACUUGCGAGGUAUGCGAGACAUGCAUAUCGUCGAGCGUCUCUUAGCAAUCGCUGUAGGCACGAAGAACGUUGAUAUUGCCCAUGUACUUGAUCGCGCCACGGCUGGCGCCACCAUUGCUCUUAUGAUCAUAUUCAUGAAGACGAAUGAUGCGGUUUUAGCGAAGAAGAUCGAUAUCCCUGAUACCACUGUGCGCUUUGACUAUGUGCGGCCGGAUUUGUUCCUAUUGCGGACAUUGGCACGGCACAUCAUCAUGUGGGACAGUAUCAAACCCACUGCCGAAUGGAUUAGCCAGAGCUUGCCUGAAGUAUACCGAGGAAGAUCGCGACUGACAGAUGUGCGCCGGCUGCGUAGCGAAGACAUGCCAUUCUUUAACAUCAUUGCAGGUCUCUGUUUUGCUCUCGGCCUCCGCCAUGCCGGGUCGGGUCAGGCACAGGCAAGAGAUCUUUUACUGUUCUAUCUCGAUCAACUUAUCCGCAUCUCAAGACUACCUGUACGCAGCUACGAUGCUAGGCUCGCGCGCAAUUCAGUCCGAAACUGUCAAGAUGUCGUGGCACUGGCUGCUACCGCCGUCAUGGCUGGCACGGGUGAUAUAGCUCUGUUCAGGCGCCUACGCUCGCUCCACGGCCGGAUUGACAAUGACACACCCUAUGGAAGUCACAUGGCGGCUCACAUGGCUAUCGGAGUACUCUUCCUCGGUGGAGGUAGCUACACACUCGGCACAUCCAACCGUGCUGUGGCUUCGCUCAUCUGCGCAUUCUACCCCACCUUCCCAACCACAGUUCUCGAUAACAAAUGUCAUCUCCAAGCAUUCCGCCAUUUGUGGGUUCUUGCUGCCGAGCCCCGAUGCCUCGUACCUCGUGAUCUCGAUACCCGCCGCCCAAUCUCCAUCCCGAUUACCAUCACAUCGCACGAUGAGACCGCCAAGACCAUUAGUGCACCAUGUCUCCUCCCAGAUCCCAGUGAGAUCUCCCGUAUUGAAAUCCGGGGACCAGACCACUGGCCCCUCGUCUUGGACUUUACCCAAAACGAUGUCCUGCACGAAAAAUUCCUCCGCGGUGACCCGUCCGUCUACCUCCGCCGGAAGGCAACCUACAACCCAGCAAGUUCCUCAACCUCUGUCUUUGCCUCCACUUUGACCGGCCUCAGCGAAGCACAAGAUAUCCUCCCCACGACUGCGGCGGGGGCCUCCAAUCCAGCCAAGGCUCUUCCUCCCUCGGCCUGGCCAAACCGUACGACGUUACUCACCGGCAAACCAUCCGCAGCCACAACGCCGUCCCAAACCCCAUGGGACUGGAUUUUCCACCUCCCCUCUUUACAAGACCUCGACAUCCGUGAACGCUCCCUCGUUCUCCCCUCGUCCUUCCCCAUGCGUUCGGCCCGCAUUACCAGCGAGCUUGUCUCCGCACCACCUUGGCUACGCACCUCCGCUGUGGAUGCACGCCUCGCUCUAUCCCAUACUGUACGUAAUAUUGUACAAUCAGCACGUGGGCGCGGCGCAGAUCCAGAUCAGAUUCGUGAUCGGAUCUGGCAACUUCGUUUGCUGUUUGAUUGGCUGGAUCGCACCCAGCCUGGUGAGGAGCGUGAUCCACUUUCUAGACCAAUUCCAGCCCAGGGCCCGGAACAGAAACCCCAACCUUCUGGACUCUGGUUGCGGAGGGACUUUGCUGAAGAAGCCAGGUGGCAGAUUUGGGGAGUACAGAUUGGAGAUCGAGUUGAGGAGAGUCGUUGA